AUGAUGCUUCGAUUACUGGCGGCUUUACUUCUCGGUGUGGUUUGCUCCUCGAAUGCGGCUCACCCCACCAGGUACAGUUUCGUCGAUAACCUCAAGUACUACGAAAACCUCAGGGCCGCGGCCAUUGAGCGUCAAGCUACACUAGAGGAUGUUUCUGUGCAGCCUGCAAAGGAGGACUUGUUUCUGACCAACAAGACUUUGCCGUUUGUUGUCAAUGGAACAGGCAUACCAUUGGUCGAUUGGGAUGUCGGGGAAUCUUACGCUGGGCUCUUGCCGAUUUCCCAAAACUCCAGCGAGACGCGCAAGCUAUUCUUUUGGUUUUUCCCGUCCGAGAAUCCGCUGGCCACCGAUGAAAUUACAGUCUGGUUCACUGGAGGCCCAGGAUGCUCUUCAAUGAUUGGCCUUCUCCAGGAAAAUGGGCCCAUUCUCUGGGAGUCCGGCACCCUGAAACCUACACAGAAUCCAUAUGCGUGGAACAAAUUGACAAACAUGGUUUGGAUAGACCAGCCGGCGCACACUGGCUAUUCUACUGGAGAACCGGAUCUCCAGAAUGAAGAUGACCUGGUGCGAGAGUUCAAAGGAUUCUGGAAGAACUUCAUGGACACAUUCGAUCUGCACAGUCGAAAGAUUUAUCUGACUGGCGAGUCAUACGCCGGCUUCUACGUUCCGUACAUUAGCAAGGGAUUCCUUGACGAACAAGAUACCGAGUAUUUCAAUAUACAAGGUAUUUCCAUCAACGACCCAUUCAUGGGGGACCUGGUAUUUCAGCAAGAGAUCACCCUUCCAGACUACAUCCAGUACUGGGGCAAAGUCCUGGGGCUCAACGAAACCUUCAUGUCUUUUAUCCAGUCGCAGAAGAAUAAUUGCGGCUAUACUGCUUUCCUGGACAAAUACUUGACAUUCCCGCCCCCGCCGAGACCCUGGGACAAAACACCGACAGACUGUGGAGUGUAUUUCGAUUUCCUGGACGCCGUCCUUGAAGUGAAUCCUUGUUUCAAUGUCUAUCACAUUACCGACAUGUGUCCUUUCCCUUACACGCCGUUGGGGGUGGUAAAUGGAGGUGACUACGUUCCUCCGGGGGCACCUACUGUGUAUUUCAACCGAGAUGACGUUAAGGCGGCUUUGAAUGUUCCCGACGCAGGAUGGUGGUGGGCGUGCGCAGUCGGGGGCGUUUUCCAAGGCGAUGACCGAUCGCUUGGGCCCGGCGUCGACGGCACGCUCACGACCGUCUUUGAGGGUCUCAACCAUUCCAUUAUUGGCUCUGGCGCGCUCGACUUUUUGAUCCCGACCAAUGGGACCCUCCUCGUGCUCCAAAACGUGACCUGGAACGGCGCCCAGGGCUUCUCUGAAAGGCCGUCGACGCCCUUCUUUGUCCCCUACCAUACCGAACAGAACCGAGGGGCCAUGGCAGGCGCUGGGUCUCUGGGAGUAUGGGGAACGGAGCGAGGCGUCACCUUCUAUGACAUUCAGCUUGCUGGCCACGAACUACCAGGCUGGUCCGCUGGCAGCGGCUAUCGCAGUCUUGAGCUGCUCCUCGGCCGGAUCAAAGACUUCAGCGACACAACACCGCUGGCGAUCUAG